AUGGAAUCAUCUAGUAUUUUGAGUAAUUACUUGAUGUCACUGACAGAAAUUAAGUCAGAUAUAUCGUUUGAAAGUUUUUCCAGAGAGUUUCCCUCCAGAACUCCGCAGGACGUGGUUAGAGCAAUUUACGAUCAAUUGAUAAUACAGCAAGAGCAGAAUAUUCGUUCAAAAGUUAUAGAUACUAUCAACAAUACUUAUAAAUUUCCUGUGAAUCAAGUUUCAUCGGUUAUUCAAAAGAAUAGCAGUGUCAAAGAGAAGAAAUUGAAUAAUCUCAUUAAUCAAAUGGAAAAACUUGCAUCUACGUUAUCUUUACAAGAGCAGUCUUUGAGUGAAGAGUCUGACCAGUAUAUAAAGGAAAUUAAAUUAUUAAUAGGAGAAUUAAGCAGUCUAAGGUAUGGCAGAAAAGAUGAUUUUUAUGAGCCUGCUAUGGAUGAAGCACGGGAAUGUAUUGCAAAAAUUAAAAAGUUUUUCGAUAUCAAAAGGUAG